CCCGCCCCGGGAGCCGGGUGCCGCCGCCGCUCGCCCGCUUCCCCUCGCCCCGGGGGAAAGGUCAGCAGCGUCCUGGAGCCGCCGUGCCACUCCCCGACAGCCAUGAACUGCAGCGAGAGCCAGCGGCUGCGCACCCUCCUCAGCCGCCUGCUGCUCGAGCUGCACCACCGGGGCAACGCCAGCGGCCUGGGCGCCGGCCCCGGCCCGAGCAUGGGCAUGGGGGCCGUGCCCGACCCGUUCGUGGGCCGCGAGGCGACCAGCGCCAAGGGCGACGACGCCUAUCUCUACAUCCUGCUCAUCAUGAUCUUCUACGCCUGCCUGGCCGGAGGCCUCAUCCUGGCCUACACCCGCUCCCGCAAGCUCGUCGAGGCCAAGGACGAGCCGGCCCAGGCCUGCGCGGCGCACGAUUACCACCUUCUCCUUUUCAAUUUGCCAUCUCUUUUAGAAACCAAAGAUCUGCACAUGAUUUGUAUCAACAAAGAGAAAAGGGACUGGGCUGCUUUCCAAAGGAUCUUGCCCGACGGCUAA